AUGAAGUUGGACGUUGUUAAACAAUUUUCUACUCGUUCAGACAGAGUUAAGGGAAUUGAUUUCCAUCCUACUGAACCAUGGAUUUUAACCACUUUAUAUAAUGGUAAGAUUGAAAUUUGGUCAUAUGCUACCAAUACAUUAGUUAAAUCAAUCCAAGUAACUGAAUUGCCUGUACGUACUGGUAAGUUUAUUGCUCGUAAGAAUUGUAUAGUAGUUGGAUCAGAUGAUUUCCAAAUCAGAGUUUAUAAUUAUAAUACUGGUGAAAAAAUCACUCAAUAUGAAGCUCAUCCAGAUUAUAUUAGAAGCAUUGCGGUACAUCCAUCUAAACCAUAUAUCUUAACUGCAAGUGAUGAUUUAACUGUUAAAUUAUGGAAUUGGGAAAAUAAUUGGAAAUUAGAACAAACUUUUGAAGGACAUCAACAUUAUGUUAUGAGCGUUAAUUUUAAUCCAAAAGAUCCAAAUACUUUUGCGCUGGCAUGUUUAGAUAGAACCGUGAAAAUUUGGUCUUUGGGUUCUUCACAACCUAAUUUCACAUUGAUUGCCCAUGAUACAAAGGGGGUAAAUUAUGUUGAUUAUUAUCCUCAAGCUGAUAAACCGUAUUUGAUUACUUCUUCAGAUGAUAAAACAAUUAAAAUCUGGGAUUAUCAAACUAAAUCUUGUGUUGCUACUUUAGAAGGACAUUUAGCUAAUGUUUCUUUUGCUAUCUUCCAUCCUGAAUUACCAUUGAUUGUUUCUGGUUCUGAAGAUGGUACUGUUAGAUUCUGGAAUUCAAAUACUUUUAAAUUAGAAAAAUCUAUCAAUUAUAGUUUAGAAAGAGUAUGGUGUAUUGGAAUUUUACCUAAAUCGAAUCUUAUUGCUGCCGGGUUUGAUUCCGGAUUUGUUAUUAUCAAAUUAGGUAAUGAAGAACCAUUAUUCUCAAUGGAUUCAAAUCAAAAAUUAAUCUAUGGGAAAAAUUCCGAAGUUUUCCAAUCAAUUAUCAAACCUUCCUCUUCAGAAGGUUUGAAAGAUGGUGAAUCAUUAUCGAUACAACAAAGAGAAUUAGGUACAAUUGAAAUAUUCCCACAAUCUUUGACUCAUUCUCCAAAUGGUAGAUAUGCAGCCGUAUGUGGUGAUGGUGAAUAUAUCGUCUAUACAGCUUUAGCCUGGAGAUCAAAAGCUUAUGGUAAGGCUUUGGAUUUCUGUUGGAAUACUCAUGAUUCUUCUGCUGCUUGUCCAUAUGCUAUUCGUGAAUCAAAUGUUUCAGUUAAGAUUUUCAAGAAUUUCCAAGAAACUUUGGUUCUUGAUUUGAUUUAUCAAGCGGAUAAAAUCUUCCCAGGUGCUUUAUUAGGGGUUAAGCUGGAAGGUUGUAUUUCAUUUUAUGAUUGGGAACAUGGUAAAUUAGUAAGAAGAGUGGAUUUGGAUGAUGAUAUUACCGAUGUUAUCUGGUCUGAUAAUGGUGAAUUGUUAGCUAUAGUUACUACUUCUAGCGUAGGUGAAAAUAGUGGAAUUGGUGGUAAGAAGAAUGAUGAAACAUACUUUUUAAGUUAUAAUCAUGAAGUAUUUGAAGAAGCUUUUGAAAAGGAUGAAUUGGAUACUGAAGAAGGUGCUGAAUCUGCAUUUGAUGUAUUAUAUACUUUGCCAACUUCAGAAUCAAUCUUAUCGGGUAAAUUCAUUGGGGAUGUCUUUGUCUAUACUACUGCAACCACUAAUAGAUUAAAUUAUUUCGUUGGUGGUGAAGUAAUAAACUUGGGUCAUUUUGAUCAUAAAUUCUAUAUUAUUGGAUAUAAAGCUACUGAUGGUAAAUUAUAUUUAAUUGACAAAUCUUUUGAUGUUGUAUCUUGGUAUGUAAAUGCAGAAAUGUUGGAAUUACAAACAUUAGUAAUGAGAGGUGAUUUAGAACAAUAUGCUUCCAAAACAAUAACUGAUGAAGAAACCGGUGAGGAAAUACCUGAUUUAUCCACUGUUUCCAUGGAAAACUUAUCAGAAGAAUAUCUUGGUGUUAUUUCUGAAUUCAAUAAGACCGAAUUGAAUCAAUUAUCUCGUUUCUUUGAAAAAUUAGGAUAUUUGGCACUUUCAUUUGCCCUUUCUCAAGAUUUUGAUUCUAAAUUUGAAAUUUCCCUUUCAACUGGUAAUUUAAAACAAGCUUAUGAAUUACUAUCACAAAAUCAAAAACAAAAUCCUUCAACCGCAUUAGCAAAUACUAAUAAAUGGAAGAAAUUGGGUGAUUUGGCUUUAAAUAAAUGGCAGAUAAGGUUGGCACAAGAAUCAUUCUGGUUAGCCAAUGAUUAUUCUUCGUUAUUAUUAUUAUUGUCAUCAUCUAACAAUAAGCCAGAUUUAAUUAAAUUGGCCACUGAAUGUGAAUCAAAAGGGAAAUAUAAUAUAGCAUGGCAAGCAUGGUGGUUGACUGGCGAUAAGCAAAAAUGUUUGGAUUUAUUGGUUAAAAGUGAAAGAUAUACUGAAGCUGCCUUAUUUGCAGCCAAUUAUGGUUUUGAUGCUACUAAAGUCCAAGAAGUUGUCAAUCUUUGGAAGAAAUCUUUGAUUGGGAAGAAUAAAGAGAAAAUUGCUGAUAGAUUGUUGGAUAACUUUGCACAAUUAUCUGUUAAUGGAACUGAUGCUGCUCCAUUGAUUGAUCUUGAACAAGGUGGAAACCCAAUCCCAGCUCCAGUCCCUGUUGCAGCUGCGGUUCCAGAAACCCAAGAGGAAGAAGUUAGAUAUGAAGAAGAGGAUAAUUCGCCAGAAGAGAUUGAUGAUGAAUUUUAUGAUGAAGUGGAAGAAGAAGAUCUUUUGGUCUAG